AUGUCGGAUGCCAACGAAAAGUUGGAGAUUGCCAUCGUCGGUGGCGGAAUUGUAGGUCUCAUCACUGCGCUGGGUUUACUCAAGCGGAACAUUCCUGUCAAGAUAUACGAACAGUCCCGCUCCUUCCGCGAGAUCGGCGCCGGAAUCGGCUUCACCACCAAUGCAAGGAAGUGCAUGGCUCUACUAAAUCCAGCCAUUGAGGAGGCCGUCAACGCCGUAGCUACACACAACGGUGAGAAUGAGGAAGAGCCCGAAGAGUGCCUCCGUUUUAACGAUGGAUAUACCUGGGAUGAGACUCGCCCUGACGAGGAAGAUAAGCCUCUUUAUAACCUUGAUACUGGGCAUGAGGGAUUCAUUGGGUGUCAUCGGGCUCAUCUCUUAGACGAGCUUGUCAAAUUCAUUCCAGACGAUGCGGUUGAGUUCCGUAAGAAACUAGUAAAUGUGACAGGUCAAGAAAAAGGAGAAAAGGUGCUUUUGCAUUUUCAAGACGGCACCACAUCCAGCGCUGAUGCAGUUAUUGGAUGCGACGGCAUUAAAUCCAAGGUCCGACAGCUCGUUCUCGGACCGGAUAGUCCCGCCGCGUACCCUCACUCCAGUCACAAAGUUGCCUACAGGGCAUUGAUACCUAUGGAUCGCGCAGUAGCCGCAAUAGGAAGCUUCAAAGCCUACAACGAGCAUUGUCACACUGGUCCGCGAGCACAUGUCCUGCAUUUCGCGGUGGCAGGUGGCACGAUCCUCAACUUUGUGGCUUUUGCCGACGACACUACAGAUUGGGACAAGAUGGGCGAUGGCGUUGUCAACAUGACUACUUCAACGGCGAGGAAGGAGGUGCUUGAUGUAUUCCAAGACUGGGGCCCUACAGUGAAGAGUCUUAUCGACUUGCUGCCAGAUGAGGUAACUAAAUGGGCUAUUUUCGAUACCUACGACCACCCUGCUCCAACAUACGUCAAAGGGAGGCUUUGUCUUGCAGGUGAUGCUGCUCACGCCUCCACUCCUCAUCACGGAGCCGGCGCUGGUAUGGGCGUCGAAGAUGCGCUAGCUUUGGCCACUUUACUCGAAAAGGGUACAAAGAUAUUGCAAGGACUACCCAGGCCUACGCAACACGACAAGUCUGCAUUGUUAGAGGCUAUGUUCCGGGCUUACGACAUUGUUCGACCACCUCGUGGGAAGUGGCUGGUCAAGAGCAGCCGCGAGGCUUGCGAGAUUUACGAGUGGAACCACCCAGACACUAUGCGUGACUGGAACAAAUGUCUCAAAGACCUCGAGGAAAGAUCGCACAAGAUCUGGGACUAUGAUAUUGAGGGGAUGAUUAGCGACUUGAAAGGUGAAUUUGCGGAUCAAGUCCAGUCGCAUUUGCGGCCUCAACGUGACGUUGGCCUCCCGAGAGCUGUUGCGCCACUCAGAACCGAGGAUUUCAUUGCAGCCUAG